AUGAAAUUGCAUGGAGUGCAGUCACAAUAAAAGUUAUGUCCACUUUGUCAUCAUUGUAAGCAGGAGGAAGAAAGAUAUUGGUUUAAACUGAAUUUGAUCCAGUCUCUGGAGAAACUUAAUAAAUCGAGUGUAUUAAAGCAGGAGGUUCAGAUGAAUGUGCAACAUGUUUAUAAGAAUGGAAUGCUAAUGGAUUUGCUCAUGAUGGAUAUCCAAGUUGCUUAUUUUCCCAUUAUAUUGCAAUUUUAUAAGUUCUCACAAUUUGAUUAUUUUUUAUCAUAUUAUGUCAUACUGAUUUGA